AUGCACCUCACCCCUGUCGGACUCAUCGCCUUGGCGGCGCAGCUGGGCCUGGUGCUCGGACGGCCGAUGGGAGACGCCGCCACUGGUGAUGAAUGGAUGCUCAACGCGGAUAAUGACCAGUCGCCUGCGAAUGUCAAAGCCAAUUCUGCAGGGUUGCUCUCCGGGCUCCUCGACUGGAAAUCGCCAGACUGGAUGCUCGGCAAGGAGUCGGCUCCCCAAAUGUCCAGCGACAACGCCGCAAGGAUGAUGACUUCCAACUCCAAGGAGUCACCCGGUUGGAUGCUUGGUAUGGACCCGGAGAUGCCUGCUCAGCCGGCAAACGACCAGACCGCAAGGAUGAUGGUCUCCACCGGGAACGAGAAGGCGGAUGGACCAGACUGGAUGCUGGGCCAGGGUGACGACGAGGAUGUGCCUCCCGAGCAGGUAGAUGUCGACACUGUCAAGCUGAGGAUGGCUCCCCAAGAGAAUGUGAACGAGAACGUCCCAGACUGGAUGCUAGGCAAGGGAACCGAGUCACCCACCGGCACCGUCGACGCCAAAAUGGCAGACAUGAACGAACAGGAUCGUGUUACGACCCUGGCGAACCAAAAGCGACAGGACGAAGUGCCGACCUCGACAGACAGCUCCUCCUGGAGUACGACGCACAGCCACUCGCAUUCGCACUCGACUCACCCCGGGCACACGACAUGGACUUCGUCGGCUGAGACUUCCACGUCCACCUCGACGGAGACCUCUAUGACUUCUUCUACAUCGACUUCGAUGACCACCUCUACGACUUCUUCGACAUCCUCCUCAACGAGCUCUACGACUACUUCUACGUCCACUUCGACCACUUCGACCACCUCUACGACUACUUCUACAUCCACCUCGACAACCUCUUCAACGACCAGCUCGGCGUCCCCUACUGGCCCAGGUCAGUAUGGCAACUACGGCGCGUACGGGAAUUACGGGAGUUAUGCCAGUUACGGGGAGUAUGAGGGUGAGACCUUCAUGGAUGAGGCCGGGUCCGCUUGA